URACAAGAAGGACAUGACGCGACGAGUUCUUACGUUAAUCAACGCGGUCGACAUGAUUUACCAAAAGAUAAACAUAMGAAUAAUCUUGAAAAGGCUCGAUAUAUGGUCCAACAAAGAUUUGGUUCCRUACAACGACAAGGCAGGCGUUGACCUUGCAAACUUUCAAAAAUACAAAGAUCAGCAUCCAAACCAUUACAAGUGCGAUACGGUACAUUUGAUGAGAGGUGUCAUGUGGAAAGAUCACGGCGGAAUGGCAUAUUUAGCUGAGAUGUGUAAACCCAAGUCAACAGGAGUUGUUGGGUGGAACUUCUGGAGUCUUCUUGGUCCGUGGCUWGCUCUUGCUCAUGAAAUGGGACAUAACUUUGGUUUUGACCACGACGCAGAUGGACACAACUGCAAAUGUUUGACACCGCGCGGUUGCAUAAUGAACACAUUUAAAACACGAGUUCCUGGAUUUUCUGAUUGCAAUCUAAGGGAUCUUWAUAAUAUUGACGACUCUUGCUUAUACAACAUACCAGAAAGGGUCUAUAAUCCAAGAUGUGGCAAUGGCAUCAAGGAAAAGGGCGAACAGUGCGACUGUGGGACAAAAGCGAACUGUGCUAUCGUUGACCCGUGCUGCAACCCGAAGACUUGCAAACUUCGCAUCUCGGCCAGUUGUAGUAACCUUCAUGACGGUUGUUGUCAAAAUUGCCAAAUUGCACCUGCUGGAACAGUGUGUAGAAAAACCAAAGGAGAAUGUGACGUACCCGAGAAAUGCGAUGGCCAAUCUUCUAAGUGCCCUUCAAAUGAUGUUAAAAUUGAUGGAGCAAAAUGUUUCUAUAAUGACAUGGUUCUAACUGGAAAUAACCAGGGCUCAGCAAUAAAAAUAACUCCCCUUCCACGACCAAUUACAGCGAGAUAUAUACGAAUCAACCCAAUAAACUGGGAUAAGGAAAUAUGUAUGAGGGCUGAAGUGUAUGGCUGCAGAGCAACCUCAAGACUUUCUCCCAAUCAAGCAACUUCUAUUCGGAGCAUAAACAACCUUUGCGUKGAGGCGAAGAAUGGUCUUUGCUAUAARCAAGACAAAUCCGAGCUGUUCUUUGUGCAAAGUGAUUGUAAAAGCAGRAAUAGUCAGUUYAAACURCUGAAAGAUGGCGCCCUUCUUCAUCAAUGUACUGGAAACAGAGUGUGUGCUGCCAAUAAUAAAGUUAGUUAUGGCUAUAAACUUGUGAUAAGUAAAGAUUGCACCCAAAGAAAGGCUUUGAAAUUCAAGCGAGAUGGUAAACUACUGUGUUUAAUUAAGAAACCAAAUAUCUGCAUUCAUCCUCAUGGUGGCGUCCCUCGUGAUGAUGUUGCUCUAACCUCAUGGAUAACCAAUAAAAAGAAAAACAAUGAUAAACUGAGUCUACUCUUCUCUAAACCAGACUGCCUUGAUCCUCUUGGAAUGAUUGACAAUAGGAUUAAAAACCACCAAAUAACAGCAUCCUCCAACCUUAAACACAAAGAUCCAAUGCAUGCUCGACUUGCUGGCUUCAAUUCCUGGUGUGCCGGUGUAACCAACARAAAACAAUACUUGCAGRUUGAUCUGGGAAAGGUUAAGAGAAUUGGUGGUAUUGCUACUGAAGGAACAUAUGAUGGAAAACGAGUCAAGAAGUAUAGGUUGUUCUACAGCAAUGAUGGGAAGCAAUGGGUGGAAUAUACUGGAAAUAGAUUAGCUACAAAAAAUUCCUGCUGCCUUAAAGGAGUGUGUGCCCCAACUAAUACGAWRCAAUGUCAAAAGAGAGAUUAUCUGAUGAGGAAAAACGCCUUACGUCUGAAUUGUCCAAAACAUUUUAGGCGGGUAUGCGCUGGAAAUGGUAUUUGUACUUCAAGUGGGAGAUGCCAUUGUAAGGAUGGUUUUGAUCCUGCAAGUAAUUGCGUUUCAGCUGUUCAAAGAGUGAAUGGAGCGUGGGGUACCUGGACUAAGUGGAGUAAAUGUACCCGAGUAUGCGAUGGAGGAUUCAAAAGGCGUCACAGGUUCUGUAACAAUCCUGCUCCAAGGCAUGGCGGCCAAAAAUGCKUMGGWAARAGAAUACAAAUAAUGGCAUGCAAGACACCAAUCUGUCCAGUUGCAAACUCAUGCAGGCAUCUUCAAACAAUCGGUAAAAAAACGGGUAUCAAAUACCCUAGUGGUGUUUACAAAAUUAACCCAGAUCAACAAGGUAUUGUUAAAACCUACUGUGACAUGUCACGCAACGGUGGUGGAUGGACGUUACUUGUCACCAGUCACACUAAUACGUGGACUCCCAAUAACGUGAGACGACGCAAUACCCAUAAUCCAAGRCUUGAYGAUGAUUUUUCAAUACUGUACAAGGCAGACGCUAUCAAGAAAGGCAGCCUGGGGGAUUUUGAAUACCGAAUUGAAGCUCAAGAAUUUGGUCGUUGGGGUGGUAUAUGGAAAGCACCKUUUUCUUAUUCGUUUGUCGCAACAAACAACUUGCAAACGAAUAUCGAGCUAAAAAAGAAGUUYGACAAUUGGUUUUACGAGAAUUAUGGAAUCGAGGAACGUAUGCCGUGGAUCAACGGAUCAAUGUUAACCACUUCACAAACAACGGACGAUAAAGUUUCCUUUGGGUCGAUUACAGCGAGCAUACCACGUUUUUACCCUGCACCGUGGAUCAACAACAAAGAUCAAGAACAACAUCCUACUAACAUUUGGUACUGGAUGAGAGAAAACAACAAAGUAGCCAGCUCAUGUAUGCAACUGCAGUUAUUAGGAAUUGAGAGUAAUCGACCUCUUUCCAGUGGUGUCCAUACUUUAACGGUCAAUGGGAAAAUGGUCAAAACGUACUGUGAUUUCACGUCUGAAGGAGGAGCCUGGACACUACUCCUUACCAGUUCCUCUCGAACAGGAUGGAACAAACAGACUUURGCGGAGAGGAAUCCUGGGGARCCUUCAUUGGAUAAAGAUUUCUCUAUUCUUGGCAUUAGUGAUUCCAUAAUUAAAAAUAGGCUCUUUCAAUACAAAAUUGAAGACGGCUCUUCCAAAUGGGGAGGUAUUUUCGAGGCAAAACCCGGUCAAGGCCUUUUAUCAACRASGCCUCAAAAGCRAACGCGUUUAUUGAAGAAAUUAACAUCAAACUGGGACAAAACGACGUCUAGUCUGGAUGAUACAGUACCAUAUAUCAAGGACACAGUACUUCUCUAUACGACCUCGACUUCCGGUGAUAGUUCAGGGACUCUAGUAAGCUCCUCGGCGGUUUCAGGAACGUUUAUUCCAGUUAAAAAUGAGUACCCCUCUGUUGUGAGGCUUUGGGUCAGGGAAGGAACCUGGAGAUCAUGCAAUGAAAUAGUCGUGAAGUCAGGUAUAAAAAAAAAUCAACUCGAGGACGGUGUAUACAUGAUAAAAAGAUCUCCUCACAAGUACCUCCCGGUCAUGUGUGACAUGACGUCUGACCCAGGAGCCUGGACUCUACUAGUCACCAGCGCAAGAAAUGGAUGGAGAAAAAAUCAAGUGAAAUUUCGCAAUAUAAAGAAGCCUUCGUUGUCACGUGACUACUCCAUCUUGGGGCUUGGGGACAAGAUAAAAAGCWUAAGUCRUGGCAAGACGUUUAAGUACAAGUUGGAAGCGAACAAGAAAGGGCGCUGGGGAGGGGUGUGGUCAGCCCCARUURARUAUAGCUUUGUGAAGACCGACAACCAACAAACGAACGUCAAACUGAUCAAAAAGUUCGGUAAAUGGAAUUACAAUAAAUGGGAUCAAGCAAUUGAAAAGAGAAUGCCAUGGCUKGGYAAAACUAAAGGRCUUUUGACCACAUCGACGCAUUCCAAUUACUACGAAUAUGGUUCUGUUAUCAGCGAAUCAACGGUCAAUAAUCCUGCUAUGUGGAUUGCUCCUUACAUGAUAAAUCCUGGUCGCAUAUGGUACUGGGUCAAUGAGGAUGAUUGUGGUUCUGAUAGAUUACCUGUUAAUGGUGAUGUAUCAUCUUGGGGUAGUUGGAGUGCUUGCUCUCCCAUGUGUAGUAAUAAUAGCAUAAGAACGCGACAACGUACUUGCACAAACCCAUCCCCGCGAUGUGGAGGAAAGAAUUGUGAUCCAGCGUUGUUAGCUUCAGAAACGCAACGUUGUCACUACUGCCCAAGAAGCCCAAUCAAAGGAGACAAUAAUCUAUGUAUUCAACCAAAGACAGGAAACUGCAAUCCACCCGAUGGCACUAAGCUAUCAUACACUGAUAAUAAUGGAAAAUGUAAUAAAAAACAUAUGUAUUUCCUCUUGGGAAAGGAUAAUAUCCUUAUCCACCAGUGUAGUGGUAAAAAGGUCUGUCCAAGUGGUGGAUUUGGAUCGGAUUUGCAGCUUCACAGCUCGUGCCAACCUGCCAAGUCUAAAUUUGGACAAACUCCUCAAAAAGGAUUAAAACAUUUGGAAAGUGGCCUCUGCGUCCAUCCAUUCCAAGGAGUAGCUUCGGAGGGAGUGAAACUUGUYACAUGGAGCGGCUGUACGAAUUCUCCAGGAUCUCAAAAGCUAAAGUUGGAUCUCUUUAAACUGUCUAAAAACGGUACGGGUAAUAUUGCUGGUUUUCAGGUUACGUCACAGCAGCCAUNUUUAUUCCCACGAACUAUAAGGGGUUUAUAG